CGGGUCUCGUUUUGUUGAAAAAGCUCCAACGUUUGUGACCAGCGAGAAGCAGGGUUGCAGCGGGGAGUGGGGGUUUCUUCUCAAUGGCAAUCGGGUGCCGAUUUGAUGAAACUCAAAGGCCAGCUGACAAGAUACAGCUUUUUUUUUUCUUUAAAAAAAAAAGAGAGAAAUAGGAGGAAGAAGAAGGUGGAAGGGAGGAUGUGGUUAAGUCUGCAAAUACAUACAACAGUUUACUGCAAAGAAGUAAUGAAAAACACAGUAUUCAGGUUGCUUCUCAACAAGAAGAUGGUGAACCAACACUACAAGACAUGGCUGUGCUUAUUGAACAAGUCACUGGAGUUCCAGUUCCUUUUCAGAAACUGAUAUACAAAGGGAAGUCUCUGAAAGAAUUGGAGCAGCCAUUGUCAGCACUUGGUGUUAAAAAUGGUUGCAAAGUCAUGUUGAUUGGGAAAAGGAAUAGUCCAGAAGAAGAGGCUGAAUUAAAGAAGUUAAAAGAUUUGGAGAAGUCAGUGGAGCAAAUAGCUAAGAAGUUAGAGGAAGUUAAUAAAGAGUUCACAAGUAUCCAGAAGGGAUUUUUAGCAAAGGACCUCCAAGCAGAAGCGCUAAAACAACUGGACAAGAGGAUAAAAGGGACUGCAGAGCAGUUCAUGAAGAUCCUGGAACAGAUUGAUGCCAUUAAUCUGCCAGAGAAUUUCAGUGAUUGCAAACUGAAAAAGAAAGGGUUGGUGAAAAGGGUUCAGGUUUUUCUUGCCCAGUGUGAUACCAUUGAAGGAAAUAUUGGUCAAGAAAUGGACAAGCUACAGUCAAAGAAUUUGGCACUGGCAGAAUGAGGCAUUGCCCUACGUAAUUAGGAAACAUAAUUGCUCUAUGAGCAAGAAGAAAAGUUUGCUCUUUGUUUUGGAGCACGUAUUCAGUGGUUUUUUUUGUUUGUUUUUUUGUUUUGGUUUUUUUUUUAAGAAAAAGCCCAGUCUGUUAGACUGGUACCAGUCAAUCAUUUCUUGCUGGUUGUCUUGUUUGCCGCUUGGUCAGACCUAUUAUUUUGAAAAGAAAAUCCUUCCUGAAGAAUGGCAGAAAUAAUUUUUGUGGUGAAUUGUUAUGUAUCUUAUGGAUGAAUGUUUAGUUGACUAAGUUAUAAAGUUUGCAGUGAUGGGCAAUUUUGUCUUUGAAUUUAUUUACAGCUCAAAUCAAAGAAGGUCUGUAAUCCUACAAGUGCCGUAAGUUGCAAUUGUAGGACUUCAACUUGAUUGAAAAAGGCAAACUGAGACAUCUGGGAAAGUCGAAUGUUCUAGUAGACAGUUCAGAGCAAUAAAAAAAAAAAAAACCUACGCAUUUGUAUCUACUUAAUAUUUGUAUGCAUUUAUAAAUAUAAGAAAGCUUGACUAUAAGGGAGUCGUACCUAUUUUAGCCUUAAAUUGUCAUAAUAAAUGGAAUGUACUGUAACAUGUAUGGUACUUAAUUUUGGGCGGUGCUUUAAGUUGUUACUGAGAUCCUUGAUACAGAUGUAUGUUUUUUACAUAGAUUUCUGACGUACUGUGGUUUUUAUAGAUUAUUCUUAUUUUUAUUGUUUGUGUUCUGUCUUGAGUUAUGGUGAGAAAUGAAAUGAGAUUACUCAUGCUGCUCAUAUUCGAAGGGUUCAGUUCAAGCAAGGUAUAACUAAAGAGCUAUUUUGAAAGGGGUUUUUAUACUUUUUUUCUGAUUUCACUGAAUUCAUGAUGCUAUAUUUAAUGGAAAAUUGCAGUGAUUAUUUCUAGUCUGUUAAGGUUAUCAGUGAAUUUUUAUAAUGUUACAAAGUGACACAACUUUAUUUUAGCAAUGCCAUGCGUCUGAGGGUUAUGACCGAUUCUUGCAGUCAGAUAUGUGCCACGCUUAGCCUUCUCUGUUAGGUGAAAAAUAAGCUUCUGCAGGAGGUAGUGACUCAGCAGGUGCAGCCAACUUUGCAGUUUUUGGUCAAAGCCCGUAGCUAGCGUACCUAUAGGAGGAGUUACUUCUUCAACGAUGCUUCUGGUCAGUAGGUCAGUCAUCUAUGCAGUUGCUGGUGAAGUAGUGACCGGUAAGGAGCCUGUUUCCGUGGGGAAAUAAAAGCUCUUUCAUCUCAAAUGAGUCAGACUGAGGGUGUUUAGAAAUGGCCCUUAGGUAGUGAGCCUUUAUCCUUAUGUGUCUGUUUUAAGAUUAGCUGUCCUUUCAAGAUAAAAGUAGGAAACGUGUGUAAAAAGGUAUUAACUUCUAAUAAGUUAUAAACCUUAAAUAAUACCUAAAGUGUUAUUAUUAAAGUAUUAUCUUUGAUGUUUGUAAUUGGAGGAGCAUUUCUUUAGUGAAAAAUGCAAAUGGACAAAUGAAGUGAUAGCUCUGCAUUAGAAAGGGUCACUUUUAUUCUAAAAAUGCCUUUUGACCAUACCAGGAUUGGAGUUGCCAUAUUUUUUACUGUUAACCAGUUUCUUCAAGGUUGUGUUUUUUCCAUAUGUAACUCUCUUCUCAGCAUCUGUGGAGGAUUUUAAGAUCUAAACUCCUCGGAAGCUUGUCUGUCAUGCUAAGAAAUGGUAUGUUUGGUAGGACUGUGGAUAUUUUUUCCUAGGCUACUGGUCUGGUCAUGCUUCAUCUUCACAGUUCAGGUUAGGAGUAAGAAGAGUUGGUUGUAGCCAUUUUUGUGAAGGCCCUGCCUAGCUUGGUGCUGCUUCUGGACCAGAUUCAGGUGACUCUUAAACCACCAGCAACACUGUCGCCUAGUUCAGGGGGUGCAAAAUUAUCCCCUUGCCUGUAAUGGAAAGGAUCCUCACCCUCUCAAACGUAAGUCCUCUAAUGCACUGAACUUUCACAGAUGCAUGUAUAAUGAGCAAAGUAUCCUCUUGUGCCCAUGUAGAGAACUGGGAGCUGUGGUCAUGGCUAGGACUGUGUCCGUUUCUGCUGCUCCUUCGUAUUUUUCUCUCUUGGGUGAGAACACUAAGGCUAUAUGCAGACAUCGUCUUCCCAGAAACUGCUGCUUCUUGAGGUGUGCUUGUGUGAGUACAUCCUCAGCCUGUCUCAAAGCCAAGUGGAUUAACUUUAAGGUGUUCCAUAGUAGAUUUUUUGAUAAUCUGGUACUUUGAGGCUAAUAGACUGAUGAUGAACCUCUCCCACCAGCACAUCUGGAUUCAGCAAAGGGUGGCUGUCCUGAGCUGAUGUUACCUUACAGUGGUAACUCCUGGUAUCAGAGUGUUUGGUUUCUAAGACAAAAGUAUGUGUAUGAAGACAAACUUUAGCAGAAUAAAAUCUUUUGUCUUCCAAAUACAAAAAUGAGUUGAUUCAUUUUGGAAAAUGGAUGGUUGUAUUUAGGGUUUCUAAGACCUUCUGAAGUGUAUUGACUUUUAUACUCAGUUUUGAAAGAGGAUUCUUACACUUAAUUUUUUUCAUAAUAGCCUUAAAUUUCAGUAAAAGCAAACUUCUGUGCUUUUGAAAAAAAGUGCAGCAGACUGCAGCUGUGGGAGGAUGGGGAAGGAAGAGGAGAUUUUAAAUAUGCUUCAGAAUUUGCAAAGGUAAACAUAGAUCUCAAUCCAGUUUAAGCUAUAGUCUCAGUGAUUCUGUAGUCUAGGUGUACUGUGAUACCUAUUUUGCUACUGAAUCAUUUCCUCACCCCAAAUAUUUGCCCUGAUCAUGUCAAAAAAGAAGUUACUCCUUUUUGCCUUAGUUGUGCUUACCCCAUGGUCUUCCUCCAGUCGCUGUGUUGCUUUGGCUGUGUUUACACAGCUUGGAUGUGCCAGCUGGCCAAAACGUCUUACCACAAAGUUUGUCUUUUAUGAAAAUGAAAAUCGAAUUAUGCGCUCCCGUGCCCCGUUUUCUGCCCCAGCUCCUGUAGGCUGGUGUGAGACGAACCAAACCUGACGUUCAAGGAGCCGCAGAGUCUGGAGCCGUGGGGCAGCUGGCUCUCUGGGAACAGCCUAAAAUAAUGCUGCUUGUAGUGGUGUCCUCUGUGACCAAGUCCUCAUUAAGGUAAUGUUGUUGUAAACCUGGAGUAAUGCUUUUUUGACUCUUAACAUGGUUCGGAGGGGAGUACUUGACACCAUGAAACUCGGGGCUAGAUUUUUUUUAGUUAACUUAUUUUAGUGUAUUAUCAUAAAUGAAAAGAUAAAAAUAAAAUAUGGAAAUUUC